AACAACAUGAUGAGACACCCUUCUCCGAAUUGCUAUGACAAAACUUCUAAUCUAGGAUUUUUAACCCGAACUCUGUUCAGAUCCGCUUCGGCUAUCACAUCUCCACCGAGAUCACGAAGACAAACGUGUUGGCAGCCCUCUCUUUAAGCUCUGGUUCAUCUCCUGGUUGUCACGAUCUGGUUUGGCGUUGAAGAUCUCAUUCUUGAUGUAGAUCGUAACCUUCUUCACGCAUGGGAAGCUCCGGGACGCGACGGGAAUGCUCUACAUCAGCGUAUAUUCUUUGUUUUCCCUCUCAAUCGCUCCAAGUAAUUCCCAGGACCUGCUACGUAUUUAUAGGCUUCUCUCAACACAAUCCUAGUAGGAAUAAGAUAGUAGAAGUUGGCUUGAACUCUACUUCCUUAAUCUUGAUCCACAAGUAGCCUAAAGAGUUGGGAUUCCUUAGCAUGUACAGCUGGAGUUAUUAUCAUGUAACCACAAUCCCAAUAGGUCUCUAAUUCAGAUUGCAGCUUAAAAUCCCGUGCUCAGACCUCUGAUCCCGCACACUGUGUUGCAGCAUCGUGCUGUAGCAUCUUCUGCGUCAACCUCGAAAACUGCAGCAGCUCUAGAAGUCUAAAUAAAAUAAACCUCUCCUAACAAAUAGAGGUUUCUACCUAGCAAAACUCCUAACAAACAUGGGAUUCUAUUUUGCCAAAAGAUUAGCCAACACCAUGGAACCAACAGCAUUGUGGUAAAUAUGGGACUUUUACAUAUGUUGGCACAUGUAAUGGUCUCAUUUGCCUCGUUGUUUGCAGACCUUCUUGGGAUAUAGUUUUGUGGAAUCCGUCCAUCCAUAAACAUUUUAUUCUGCCCAGAUUUGCGUGCCAGCAGGUCCGUGACCAUUUUCCCAGCUGUCUUGGUUUUGGGUUUGAUGCAUUGUCCGAGGACUAUAAGGUUAUUCUAAUUGCGCGUGAGGGCGGAGACCAAGAGAUUUGGUUGUUCUCCUUGAAUAACUGUUCUUGGUUUAGGCUUACUGAAUUUUCUCCCAAGCAUUGCUGGUAUGGAGUUAGGGAGCUAAGGCAGGCUGUUUUUGUGAAUGGUGCUUUGCACUGGAGCGGAGUUUUGGAUUUUAGGCAUGUGAUAAUGGCUUUUGAUCUUAGCACUGAAAAAUUUUACGUGAUGAAUUAUCCAACAGCUUUGGUUUAUUUUGAUCCUCGAAUCUCAUUGAUUAAAUAUGAAGGUUCCAUUGCGGUGGUUACCCCUCGCUUCUUUAAUUGCAAUCAAGUUGACUGCUGGGUAAUGAAGGAGUACAAUUUAGAUAGUUCGUGGGUGAAUGUGUUACGUCCUAUGGAAGAAGACGGAAAUUCAGGUUUUGGUGAACACUUGAUGGAUGUAUUUGGGGUUCGGAAGAAUGGGGAGCUUUUAGUGAAUUCGAGUGGGGGGCGUUUUUCUGUGAGGGAGAUAGCUUUACUGGAUUUGAACUGCCACCGAAAAGAGCAACAGCUAAAGCAUCUUGGAAUCUGGACCCACCAUACUCAUUCAUCUGUUGUAAGCUUCGUGGAGAGCCUGGUGUUAUUUGACAAAGGGGAACAAGAUGCUGAGGGGCAGUUGGAGUGAAAGUGCAAUGCCAUUAGCCAGAAUGGCCAGCAAGGUGUACGGGGAUUCAUUGCAGCAGCAAUGAUGAAGUAAAGUAGCGAGAUAAUAAAUGCAGGGGAGACGA